AUAUUAUAUUGAUGGUUGUCAACCAGGUUUUAUAUCAAUUGACUGUACACAAGGUUUUAUAUCAAUUGACUGUACACAAGGUAAAUAUAAUAUAGUGAGUACAGUAUAUAAUAAUAUUAAUAGUAGAUAUUAUAUUGAUGGUUGUCAACCAGGUUUUAUAUCAAUUGACUGUACACAAGGUUUUAUAUCAAUUGACUGUACACAAGGUAAAUAUAAUAUAGUGAGUACAGUAUAUAAUAAUAUUAAUGGUAGAUAUUAUAUUGAUGGUUGUCAACCAGGUUUUAUAUCAAUUGACUGUACACAAGGUAAACAGUUUGGUUAUUUAGAGUUAUUUACAGGUAAACAGUUUGGUUAUUUAGAGUUAUUUACAUGUUAUUGUUAUAAUAGUAUACUAAUUGUGAUAUGUAAACAGUUUGGUUAUUUAGAGUUAUUUACAUGUCAUUGUUAUAAAUGUAUACUAAUUGUGAUAUGUUAUCUGUAUUUAGGUAAACAGUUUGGUUAUUUAGAGUUAUUUACAUGUCAUUGUACAAAUGAUAAUGAUUGUAAUACUGAUGGUAGUUGUCAGAGUAAUGGAUGUGCAACAGGCUGGUAUGGUUCUACUUGUCAAAAACAGAAUGUUGCAUUAGGGAAACCAGCGUCUCAAGUAUCACAAUACGAUGUUUUGGGACCUGAACUAGCAGUAGAUGGUGAUAGAUCACAAGAUAUUUUUAGAUGUAUGAAUACUGGUUAUAAUAAUAAUUCAUGGUGGAGUGUAAACUUAAUAGAUACCUACUCUAUCAGACAAAUACAUAUUUUAUAUAGACAAGGAGAUACUUAUACUUAUCCCGGAGAUACUGAUAAUUCUAUCGAUGAGUAUUUAUACACUCUAAAAGGAUUUAAAAUAGAUGUUAUACAAGAUAAUGGUGCUUCAGUUGAAUGUUAUAAACAACCUAAUGAUAUUCAACCAUCUAGUAUAGACUUCACAGUAAACUGUAAUAAAACAAUUUGGGGUAGUAAAAUCAAUAUCUCAAGAACUAUUGUUAUCGAAAAGCUUUUCUAUUCUUUUUGUGAAGUGGAGGUUUAUGUAUGCUCCAAUAGAACAUAUGGUGAAGAGUGUAUGAAGUAUUCUUAUUGUAAAGAUAAUAUUAUUGUUAAUAUUUGUUAUAUUAUAGUAUGCUCCAAUAGAACAUAUGGUGAAGAGUUAUGCUCCAAUAGAACAUAUGGUGAAGAGUGUAUGAAGUAUUCUUAUUGUAAAGAUAAUAUUAUUGUUAAUAUUUGUUAUAUUAUAGUAUGCUCCAAUAGAACAUAUGGUGAAGCGUUAUGCUCCAAUAGAACAUAUGGUAAAGAGUGUGAGAAGUUUUGUUAUUGUAAAGAUGGUGUACCAUGUGAUUAUAUAACAGGAGUAUGUUCAACUGAAGGAUGUUUACCAGGUUAUACUGGAUCAAGCUGUAAUCAAAAAUGUCCAACUAGAACGUAUGGUAGAAAUUGUUUACAACUUUGUUCUAACAACUGUUUAAAUCUAGAAUGUAACAAUAUGAAUGGUAUAUGUAUCGGUGGAUGUAAACCAGGUUUUAAAUCAGAACUUUGUAACCAGA